GUAUUAUAGGUAUUAUUGAGAAAGUUUGGUUCGGGUUCGAUUCUUCAUAAAAUCUUUUCCGAUUUCGCCUCAGAUACGAACGUCCAGAUCAAAUCACACGAAAGGGGGGAAAAUCAAAAAGAGAAAAAGGGUGGCGUCAUGGCGGCGCAGUUCGAGAACCUGCCAGACGAGCUCAAGCUGGCGACGGCGGCGCACGUCAAAUACGUCCAGAGUCUGGACACCCGCAAAGACGAGUACGACUACUGGCUGACGGAGCACCUGCGCCUCAACGGCCUCUACUGGGGCCUGGUCGCGCUGCACCUGCUCGGCCACCCGGAGGCGCUCCCGCGGGACGAGACGAUUGAUUUCGUGCUCUCGUGUCAGCAAGAGAGCGGGGGGUUCGGGGCCGCGCCGGGCCACGACGCGCAUAUGUUGUACACUGUUAGUGCUGUGCAGAUUCUGGUCAUGAUUGAUGCGCUGGAUGAGUUGGAGGCGAGGGGUAAGGGUGGAGGGAAGGCGCAAGUCGGCGAGUUCAUUGCGGAUCUCCAGAACCGUGAAAGCGGUACUUUCGCCGGAGACGAAUGGGGCGAGGAGGACACGCGCUUCUUGUACGGCGCCUUCAACGCCCUCUCCCUCCUGGGCCUGCUCUCCCUCGUGGACGUCGACAAGGCCGUCGCGCACAUUGUAGCGUGCACAAACUUUGACGGCGGGUACGGCGUCAGCCCGGGCGAUGAGUCGCACUCGGGCCAAAUCUUCACGUGCGUGGCGGCGCUCGCCAUCGCCGGGCGUCUGGACCUCGUGGAGACGGAUAAGCUGGGCCGGUGGCUCAGCGAGCGGCAGGUUGCGGGGGGCGGGUUGAAUGGUAGGCCGGAGAAGGACGAGGAUGUGUGUUAUAGCUGGUGGGUGCUGAGUAGUCUCGAGAUUAUCGGGCGGACGCACUGGAUUGAUCGGGGCAAGCUUGUUGCGUUUAUACUGAAGUGCCAGGAUCAGGAGUUGGGGGGCAUUUCGGAUCGGCCGGGGAAUACGGUUGAUGUGUGGCAUACGUGCUUUGGUAUGACGGGGUUGAGUUUGUUGGGGUAUCCGGGGACGGUGGAGGUUGAUCCGGUGUAUUGUAUGCCGAAGCCGACUAUUGAUCGGGUGCUGGGUAGGAAGUCGUCGUGAGCUGUUGAGAGGGAUACGGAGAGGGUCAGCGGAGGGGUGAUGGCCUGUUCUUGACGGUAGACGCGUGGUUUGAUAUACACGUCUGCAGACUUGUGGCCUGUUACGAUAACAGAGUUAUGGGGAUACGCGGCGAGAAGGAAGCAAUAGCGUCGGCUUCUUCAUAGUCUGCAUGGUCUCGUUCACGACUUACUGUGAGCUAGCCUCUGAGGCAUUUUGAAGGCUUCAGAUACCCAUGAGAAACAAGUUAAUGAUACAUAAAGUAAUCCAUCAUCAGCCUUCAUACGGCAACACCAUAG